UAUUUGCUAGUAAUUUCUUUUUGGGGUGGUGGGCUCCAACACGAGGCCUAUGACCCCUGGCUGGAACUCCUGGACGAAGGUGGGCCGGUUAUAAGUGCCGCUGGGCCUCCUACAGGGGAUGUCAUAACAUGGGCCAUCUCCCUGUGCCCUCCCUGCGUUCUUCCUGUGUUCACCCAUCUCCCGCAUGUGUCCCAUGAUGGAGCGGUUAGGGUUGUCUUACAAACCGCAAAAACCAAGAAUGGAAUUAUCUGGUCUCAGUCCCGGCCAUCUUCGGCUAUCAGCUGCCACAGAAUGUUCUUCAGGGUCUAGUUGAAGCGUUCAACCAAAUCGUCUGUGGAUGGGCGUGUGGAGGUGUUGCACGUGGAGGAGCAGUCCUUCAUCAGCCUGGAGAUGAAGGGGGUGAUCUGGCCGGUGAUGUGAUCCUUGGGAAUUCCCUCCCGGCUGAACACCACCGUCAUGGAGUUUGCUCUCGAAAGUGGAACGCUUCUAGAUGUUGGAUGGCAUAGUCCAUCAUCCCAAUGACAUAUUUAUGACCUCGAUCUGACCAGGGAAGAAGCCCCACCAUGUCUAUUUGGAUUCUGUUGAACGGCACAUUGAUGAUUGGGAGAGGAAUCUGGGAUGCUGGGGCUGGUCGACUCCAGUGACAUGUCGGUUCUUGUUGUUCUGCGCUAUUUCCUUCACUGUGAUAAAUGUUAAUAAUUGUCUCUCCUGUCCAGAAUCCUUUUUUCUUUACAGAACUCUGCAUACAGUUUUCUGUACCUUUUGGGUCUAACUACGAUUUCUUUCUGUGUUUUUGGACCUUGCAGUGCAGCUGCUGUUGUUUGGCUGGUGAAGAUUUCUAUGGAAACCAGAGUUUCCCCCUCAGGAUGGUGCAAGUGGUGAUGUCUCAUUGAAAUUUCUCCUGAAGAACGGGAAUCAUGGUGUUAGAGACCGGGUGUAUAUUCUUCUGCCUCCUUCUGCUAGGGGAGAGAACAGCAGGUGACGUUUGGGGGGUGGGGUGCCCUCUGUCUUCGGCGGGGGCCCUCCACCCUGUACAGGGCCUGCUGGAGCGCUUUGACGCUGGCCCCGGCUGUGCAGCCAGAGGGAACGGGGAGAAAGAGACCCAUGUGGUCGCUGUGGGGAGAGCGACACGCAGUCCCAACAAACAGGUGACCGUGCUCCUGAGCCCCUUGUCUCCAUCUGCUCCCCUCCGUCCAAUCCUCCUUGUACUGAACUCUAAGAGGCCAAUGCGGUGGUCGCUGGAGACAGAGCAACUACCACCGGGUCUGCCUGUGCUAGUGCAGGCCUUUCCUAACUCCACAGUACAGUCCAGCCGUCUGACCGUGCAGCUGCAGCCAGUUCCCUCUCUGCCUUUCCGUCCGAAAGCUCUGCUGCACUGGGCACAGCGUCACCAUGGAUCCAUUUCUUCCUUCACACACACAGCCAGCGCCAACCGUGUCUACAUCCAUGUGGGAGAGGAUGCCACCAUGCCCAGUGUGUGCAAGCUGCAGUCUCUGUUCCUGUCACACAACUACCUGACCUCUGACCUGCAGCCACAGGAGGUGAAGGGCUGUGCCCCAGACGGGGGAGGCAACCCUGAGGUACAUGUCAUCAAGCUCCAUUCAGCCGGUUCAGGUCUGUGUGGCUCUCUGCAGGUAGAGGUGACGGUCUCUCUGGUGCCGCUGGUUCCCAGCGCCGGCUGGCACAUGCUGGUGCUAAUCCUCAGUAGUGCCGUUCCAGUCAACUGGGCUCUCACAGUCCCUGGGCUCCGGGGUCACGUCUUCGUCUACUCCUCCAACAGUGUGUCCCCGAUCUAUCCUCCGGAGCCCGACCUGACACUAACCAGUGUGCUCAACCCUGACCUUUCUACCACCCAUGACCUCUUAAACUGGGCCAGUCAGAAUGGUUUCCCCAAGGUGACCUCAUACACAGAGGCGGACCUGGCCAAUCGCUUUGUGAUCCGACUGACUGGGGGUGGUUCAGGCAGCCUCCCUAUGCGUGUGCUGGGCGAUCGGCCCCCGUGGGCCCAGGAGCGCCGGCUGAGACAGUGGUUGAGUGGCGGGGGCAGAGGGACCAGCGGGGGCAGAGGGACCAGCGGGGGCAGAGGGACCAGCGGGGGCCGAGAGGCUAUCAGCGUGCACUGUCAGGACGGACAGCUCAACGUGGCCGUGGACAGGCACAUUCUGCAGACCCUGUCUUUUCCGGUAGCUAUGGUGACUCUGAGGGAUCCUCAGUGUAAGGCACAGUCCAACGACAGCCAUUUCCUGUUGGCCUUCCCGGUCAUUUCCUGUGGGACAGAGGGGCUGCUGCAGGAACACCCCAGAGGGGUGCAGUACGAAAACAAGGUGUUGCUAUGGAGAAACCAGUCUUUGGUUGCUGUGCACAAUGAGACCGACGAGGAGUGGGCCCCACUAGUAAUACAUUUCAGCUGUUUGUCUUCGGUCCCCAUUGCCCCCAGCCGUUCUGAGGAGCAGCCUACAGGAAUGGCGUGGGUCCCCCGGGGGCCGGGGCCUCAUCCCAGGAGCAGGGCCGGCCCGCUGGUCUCUCUGCAGCUGUUUGUUACAGAGGGCUAUGAGCCGAGGCAGACGGAGAGCGGGCCUUGCGCCAUCGCUGCCAAUAAUCGUGUCUACGUGGAGCUUUCAGCCAGAGGGGCCAGUCACGGGGCAGUGGAGGUGCGGCACUGUGUGGUGUCUCCGCUUUCGGACCCCCGAGCGUUCCCAGGCUGGUCAGUGGUCACGGACAGCUGUUCCACGGACUCCACGCUGACACUUAGCAAAAUGCACCACCAAGACGAAGAGGAGGAGGAGGAGGAGGAGGAGGAGGAGGAGGAGGAGGAUCUGACAUUCAGGCGUCCACUAAAAGCCGCGAGGAACAAAGCGCGACUGAACCGGAGAGAACAAGGUGGGCGGGGGGGAAGAGGAGGACGAGCCGUGGGGGCAGAGAGAGAGGGAGAAAUGGGAGGAGAGGAGGCGCAGAUACAUAGACUCCGGUUCAGUUUUGUUCUCCGGCCCGUCUACAACAACUCUGUCCAGUUUCUGCACUGUAGCGUCCGUCUCUGUGAAGCCGAGUCGACCUCCCAGGGACCCCCAAGAGCCCCCGCUCCGAGUGCAUGUUUGUAUCCCAAGGGCCUCCGGAUCCCCGCCAUCGUAUCCAGACCGUCCGGCCCACAGUGUGAACACAGAAAUCUCUCCAGACCCAUGCUGAUCAAUCUGUCCGUCGGUCAGGUCGGACAUCAGGCUCCACCCGCUGUCCAGAGAACGCCAAGGCCCGUUAUGUUGCCCAAGCCAAGCUCCGCCCACAGCAGCUCCGGGAUGGACACUGGCCCAGUGUUGGGGAUUGUGUUUGCUGCUUUCCUCAUAGGCAUAGGCUUGAUGGGGGCACUGUGGUGUGUCUAUUCUCACACAGGCGCUCCUCCGCCCACCAGAAGAGGGAGCCUGCUCAACAACGCUAGUCCUGCCUUAUUGGACUUGUCCCACAGCUCUGUGUAGCGUGGAGCAGCACAUGGGGAACACACAGGGCCCACAAAGCCAAGAUAAUGGCACAUUUAUAUACUAUACAGCUAUCAUGGUGAAAGGAGCGCCCUUUGUAAAUAUGAAUUAGUCAAGCACCUGCAGAAUGAGAUCUUCUGAAAUAUGUAAGAAUUACGAUAUUAUCAUUCUUCAUCUCUUUUUUAGGGUUUCCUCUUGCAAAUCUGAGACCGAGAAUAAAGUGGGACGGAAGAUGAAGCACCUGGUGUGUGUGUGUGUGUGUGUGUGUGUGUGUGUGUGUGUGUGUGUGUGUGUGUGUGUGUGUGUGUGUGUGUGUGUGUGUGUGUGUGUGUGUGUGUGUGUGUGUGUGUGUGUGUGUGUGUGUGUGUGUGUGUGUGUGGCAGACCUAAAAUGUACAUGCCUCUUUACUGUGAGAAUUUUUUAUUUAAAUACUUAUUUGGUGUGUAUUUAAGCAUUUAAAAAAUAUAUGUCCAAAUAAAUUAGUUAUAUUUUAAAUAUUCCAAUAUAUUUGUCCAGAUGGUGUAUGCCCUGUUUUGUUGCUCACUUUCUCAGCUCAAUCUUUCUCAUCUGUCUCCCAGUCUACAUGUCUAACGUGUGUUUGUCAAUAAAACUUUGAAUACCUUCAAAUA